CUCGAUUCAACCAAACGAGAACAGGAGGGCGGAGACUCUUUGAAGACCUUGAAUAGAAACAACUUUAGGAGUGAAUCGUAGACACCUGCUAUCGCUAUCGUGAGAUUCCCGGUAAUUUUGGAUUUUCCACUUGUUUUGACUUAAGUACAGUAUUUCUUUUUCUAUGUCGUGAAGAACAUCAGCCUCUUCAAUCGUUUGACGUGUCCCAUCUUUAACUCUAUAACUACAUAAAGAAAAAGAAGAAGAAGAAGUAGAGAAGAUCUAUAUCUAUUUACUCUAGUACUGCUACUUCAUCUCUCUCUACUCUAUCACUUCACUCACAAUAACUCAGCCAUCACGAUCGGAUCACCGACUUGAAAACAAACAAAUAGAUCUGAAUCUGUUCAAACAAAGAACCAUCACGACCAAAAUCAUGGGUGGUAACAACAAGAAUGUACGGAAACGGGGUGGGGGUGACAGCGACCCAUCACCCAGAGGAGGCACGUCCAAUGCGGAGUUUGGCACCUUUGGUAAGAAGAACAAAUCGAGUUUCUCUGGCUCCCUGCUUGGCGGCUUGUUGCGGUUGCUGGCUAACAGCAGCGCAAUCGCUGGCAUGCUAGUAGUUCUGAUCCCACUGCUGAUACACCAGUACGGGGAUAGGAUGACAGCGCAGUUCAACAAGUGGCAGCACAAGACAUUGUGCAAAGUAGGGAUUAUUAUGACAGCACGUUGAUCUUGAUCCUUUUUAUCCACUGCCUCUUCUAGCAAUAUUUUUUCCCUAUGCAUUCGUUAAUCACCCGGGCUACUUUUCAAAUGAUCUUCUAAUGAGGAUCAAGAAGAGUAGCUUCAGAGACAGAGAUAAUGCCCGAAAAUUUCCGCACGUGGUAUAUCUAUUGUCACCAUUGUGCGAGUCCUAGUGUGUCGCUGUGGAUGUCGCUGUAGAUGUUGCUCAAGUCUGGAUCUGAAAGCUAUUGAAUGUGGCUCGUCAGGUUCGAAAACUCGAAAUAAGCGAGCUACUGACUGAAAUAAGAGAGUCUUGACUACAUUCCUCUUCUUUCAGUAUCUCCCUUGUUUUCAAAAAUAGUUACUCGGUUAUUUCAGUUUUUCGAAUGUAUGCACACCGGCCCUCCUCCCCUCCCCCUCCCCUCUAAUUUUCAAUCCAAGAAGCAAUGCGAUCCGACGUCAGGCUGGGUACGAGUCAGAAAAGACAGUGACAAUCCCGUCAUCUCAAAUUUGGCUACGUGGAUGAAAGAUGAGUGCGAGGCAACGGGUGUGGACAACGUCUACCUAGGAGAUUUCAAGAAGAGCAACGGGAAAUAUGUUAGAGGUACCCUACUGGUAUUUAGCAACGUGAAAAAACUUCUUUAUAACGUAGUUGUAGUUUGAUGUGACUCGUUGUCAUUCUUGAUAUGUUUGGCGCUCUAGCUACUUUCGUUCAACUUGUUCAUUCUACAAGAAUUUGAAGAGGGAAAUCUGAAUUGCAAUUUUGCAAAAAUUAGACACCCCACCAGCACGACCACGACAACUCCUCCUACAACUAGAACUCGACAACAACAUCGAACAAACUUACUACCACAACUUGACCACAAAACUACACAACUGCAACAACGAUUUCACAUGAAAAAUCCAAAACAUCUUCUCCCUCCCCGAGCAACAACCACUCCCUACCCGAACAACAACCAAAAGGCAUUGGCUUCACGAAGAAUCUGAAGAAAGGACAAUACUUCCUCUGCUUGCCUUCUAAGUGCUGGUUCGGACAGCACAAUGCGCCACAACGAUACUUGGACAUGCAAACGAAGUAUCCUCAGGUAUGUUGAGCAACUACUUUUACUUGCUGAUUAGAGGACUUGGAGGACUCCCCAUCACCACAGAAUAUUAGGUUUAGUACGAGUUUAUUCAAUACUAGUAAUAUGGGGCAGAGAGAAGAAGUAGGUGAAGAUGAGGAGGGUUCUUACACUAGUUGAGUGGUACAAACACGUGUGAAGACGAGUGAAGACCGUUUGUUCGUUGUCGAUCGUUAGAAAAAAAUCGUAUAGUAGUAUUGUAUUGUUCGAUGAAGACUUUCGGAGGAUCCGGACAUGUUGCAGCAGCGAGACCGGGAGGACCCAGGAAGGAAAAUGGAAAGAGCAAUCUGGCAGGACAGUCGCCACAUCUUCCACAUCUGAAAAACGAGAAUCAGAAGUACAAGGAAGUACAACGAAGAAUCAGAAUCCCACACUGUUAUACAAUCAGAAAAAUUUGGAUCCCUCGUUCUCGUCAUCGCACCCUCAUUCGGAAUGGAAUCAAAAUCAUCUCGCACCAAAGCAGGGCGGACCAUCGUUCCUAGACAAAAACAGGUAUCGGAUUUACGAGGUCCCUGAAAGCGAACUCGUACUUUCUUUGUAUCAAAUCGGGUUGCUGGUUCGGCGAACGCAAUCUACCAGCACGAUACAAGAAACUGCAAAAGAAGCAUGAGGUGACGAAGGAGUUGGAAAUGAUGGAAGGAUGGAUAAGGAUUAGAGUCCUUCGUAGCGUGAUAGAACUGAUGUUGGGUCUGACCAAUCGACUAAUUAUAUUCGAGCGAUCAAGGUGGAUGGAACUGGAAGAGUGAUGAACGAGUUGGAAAUCAUGAGUGUCAGAGCGUUCAGUCUCCUCUAGAGCAGCUACCUCAAUUCACUAUGUUGAUGAAAACAAAUAGCGCUUCAGGAAAGUACAAGUUCUACUUUUCCUCUCAAAAGCAAACGACACCACCAGCAUUGAAGAACAUGAACAUGCCUCCUAAAAACACUAACCCCAAGUAGUGAUUCCUUUCAAAUCCCACCACCUCUCUCAGGAAUGCGAGACUAUCCAGUAUGUCAUGGCAUUGUGGAUGGCGGAUGAGUUUAGAAAAGGAAGCAAAUCCUUCUGGAAGCCCUAUUUCGAUACCAUUCCGAAACAGGUAAUCAUGACACAUUAUGACACCCAGUUUUGAUGUUUUUGAUGUUGCUCACGACCCUACUAACUUUAUUCGCUCUUUCUUGCGAAUAUGAUGAUUGUUUAGUCUGAAAAAUUAUGUAAUCUGACGACCACAAGAGCGAUACCUUUAUUUCAAUCCUAUGAUCCCUGACAAUAGACGUAAACGUAAACCCACAAGAACAAGAACUUUAUUCAACUCUCACAGUCCGAGUACGAAAUGUAUCACCCCGCAUUCUAUGAGUCUAGUGGCAAACGCUUCUACCAGAAGUGCUUGGACGAGAACGGUGGUGACAAGUCUAAGUGCGAGCAGCCAUGGGACGCACAACAGGAUGGGUCCCAUCUAUGGCGCUUGUGGUACGGCUGGGUAGGAGACUGCUAUGACAAGUACUUCUACUUACUAGUAACAACUGUAAGAACUGUCGUUUUGGAAAAAAUGAUAUUGUUUGUACUACUAUGCCCCUAUGUAAGUCUCUUCAUUGCUUUGCCUUUCCUCAAUCAAUCAACCACGUUAGGAAAAGAAAAAUAAAAAAAUGACCUCCCAGCACCUGCAGCGGACCAGCUUGAGACAUUGCAAGAUACCUAAUGACUUUUUUCUCAUGAAGAGAGAGAGUUUCUUGAAUUCUAAGGCCAAUGAAAAUAUUGUUUGUACAACUACGUUUAACGUCCUCGACCUCCACCGAGAGCUUAUUUUCAUCUCCACCUCUCUCAUAGGGCAACGUCCUCUCAUUUUACUUCUCAUCCGCGGAUGCUACCAAACCAGAUACGUCGAAGAGUGGAAAGCAGGCACCUGGCACGUCCCGGAUGACGAGCCUGGCGCAGACGUGAUCAGAAAUGAAAUGUUGACGGUGGAGGAGGUCAGAUUUACCUACGUUCUGACUAUGACACGUGAUUUCGAGGGUGUAGGAAACUUGCCUUUGAUCGAUAUGCCAAAUACGGAGGAAGAGUAAAGAUAAAGACUUCUUUGAUACUUGUUGCUGAUGCAGCUUGUGGGGCAGUUGUUCUUGUUGAUGAUGGUUUAUUUUUUUGCUUUUUCAAUCUCAUCAACGAAGAUGAAACGUUCAAGCCCACCUUCUUUUUUUGUAAUAUUAACUAACAUUAACUAAUCUAAAAGGUACAACUCCCACCAGUACUGGUUCGAUGACAAGAAGGAUAAGUUUUGCCUCCUCAACGAAAAGAAUGUGAAGAAGGGAGAUGAGAUCAACGUCAACUACGCACAGAGCUCCAAGACGCCGUUCAUGAUGUUCGCGCAAUACGGAUUCGCGCUGGAGCCGAAGUACCAUGCGUCCUACGCCAAGGAGAGCGCGAAGUGCAAAGGUACUUGUGGACGUGGAUGUUAGUGUAGUAGUGUGGACCUGGUAGUUAGUGUAGUAGUUGUGGGCUGUGGACCGAUCUGGUGUUAGUGUAGUAGUGUGGAUGUCGUGGUAGAACAAGAACAAGAAGAACUUUCUUCAUCAACGAACAGCAAUUUAUUUUUGAAAUUCAAACAUGAUCUACUUCACAGGUCUCCAAAUCCACGAUGAUGUGCAUAAGAAGCAGAAUCCAGUGGCCGAAAACUUCUCGAAUUUCGCUAUGCGGUACUGCACUCCGGAGAUGCUGUCGGAUGAGGAGGAGCUGGAAGCUAUGGAUGACGACUCUGCGUAG